AUGGGUUCGACUGCAAAUGCGCCAAACCUGCGAGUGACAAGCUUUCCGGAUCCCUUCGCGGUGGCGACGGUGGGAGGUGAGCAGACGCAUACGACUUCUGUGAUCAAGAAGACGUUGAAUCCGUAUUGGAAUGAAAUGUUUGAUUUGAAGGUCACGGAGGAUAGCAUAUUGGCGAUUCAGAUAUUUGACCAGAAGAAGUUUAAGAAGAAGGAUCAAGGUUUCCUGGGGGUGAUAAAUAUCCGAAUCGGAGAUGUGAUUGACCUUGACGUCGGUGACAACGAAAUGCUUUCCAGAGAUCUCAAAAAAUCCAACGAUAAUAUGGUCGUUCAUGGGAAACUAAUCAUCAAUCUCUCUACCGAUCUAUCGACGCCUAUCCCAGCAAACCAGGGUGGACCAAGAUCCCAUACCAAUACCCUUCCUGCUACAACCACGCCUAGCCAGCCGCAUCCCCCGACUCUCCCCGCACUCGCACCUAUUCCAGGCGCACGCCCAACCUCAUCUGCUGCGGAAACCCCGACGACAAACACGGCUCCCUCUUCUCUCCUGCAACCUUCUCGAAACCCGUCCACAACCACCCCCGCCACAACCGUAACCCCAGUAAACGGAACUGGGCCACCGGUCAAUGGGAUGCCAAGUCAUACUAGAAAUUUGAGCUCUUUCGAGGACGGUCAAGGAAGACUACCUGCGGGCUGGGAGCGGCGAGAAGAUGGGUUAGGUCGAACAUAUUAUGUAGAUCACAAUACCCGGACAACAACAUGGUCCCGUCCAUCAGCCCAUUAUAGCGAGCAGGCGCAGCGUUCCCAGCUAGAGGCCAACAUGCAAAUGGAACGGCGAGCCCAUCAGAACCGAAUGCUUCCGGAGGACCGGACUGGUGCCAAUUCGCCGGAUUCGCAACAGGAAGCUCGCACUCCACCCGCUGCAAACAAUGCGACGGCGGUGCAGAUGAUGACCACAGGGGCUACGACGGCGGGUUCUGGCGAGCUUCCGGCAGGAUGGGAACAACGAUAUACCCCCGAAGGCCGCUCAUACUUUGUUGACCAUAACACUAGAACGACUACUUGGGUGGAUCCUCGUCGACAACAGUAUAUUCGCAUGUAUGGACCCGGGGCGAGCGGGAAUAAUAAAAUUUCCUCUCAACCACUUUCUCAACUCGGACCUCUGCCAAGUGGCUGGGAAAUGCGUCUCACGAAUACCGCUCGCGUGUACUUUGUUGAUCACAAUACGAAGACGACAACGUGGGAUGAUCCUCGAUUGCCAUCGUCGCUUGACCAGGGCGUGCCUCAAUAUAAACGUGACUUCCGGCGCAAGUUGAUUUACUUCAGGUCACAGCCCGCGCUGAGAAUCAUGUCCGGCCAGUGUCAUGUUAAAGUACGGCGUGGUGCCAUUUUCGAAGAUUCAUAUGCGGAGAUUAUGCGGCAAAGUCCUGCAGAUCUUAAGAAGCGUUUGAUGAUAAAGUUCGAUGGAGAGGAUGGUCUUGAUUACGGUGGUUUGUCUCGUGAAUUCUUUUUCCUUCUCUCGCACGAAAUGUUUAAUCCAUUUUACUGCUUAUUUGAAUAUUCCGCUCACGAUAAUUACACGCUUCAAAUCAACCCACAUUCUGGCGUUAACCCAGAGCAUUUGAAUUAUUUCAGGUUCAUAGGACGGGUGGUUGGCCUCGCUAUAUUCCAUCGACGGUUUUUGGAUUCGUUCUUUAUUGGCGCUUUUUACAAGAUGAUGCUGAGGAAGAAAGUCACCCUGCAGGACAUGGAGGGUGUUGACGAAGACUUCCAUCGGAAUUUGACAUGGACCUUGGAGAACGAUAUCGAAGGGGUGUUUGAGCUGACUUUCGCAGUCGACGAUGAGCAGUUUGGAGAGCAUAAGACGAUUGACUUAAUUCCCGGCGGUAGAGAUAUCGCUGUUACGAAUGAGAAUAAGCGACAAUAUGUUGAGCUUGUCACGGAGUGGAAGAUUCAGAAGCGAGUAGAAGAGCAAUUCAACGCCUUUAUUGCCGGAUUUAAUGAACUUAUUCCGUCGGAUCUUGUCAAUGUUUUCGAUGAACGAGAGCUUGAGCUUCUGAUCGGCGGUAUCGCAGAUAUUGAUGUCGAAGACUGGAAGAAACAUACGGAUUACCGCGGAUACCAGGAGCAAGAUGAAGUGAUUCAGAACUUCUGGAAAAUUAUCCGUUCUUGGGAUGCUGAACAAAAGUCGAGAUUGUUGCAGUUUGCUACGGGUACUUCGCGUAUUCCCGUCAACGGGUUCAAGGAUUUACAGGGAAGUGAUGGACCCAGAAGAUUUACGAUUGAGAAGUCCGGGGAUAUCAACGCACUUCCAAAGUCCCACACCUGUUUCAACCGACUUGAUCUCCCCCCAUACAAGACGCACGAAGCAUUGCAGAACAAACUGUCUAUCGCCGUGGAAGAAACCGUGGGUUUCGGGCAAGAGUAA